AGACAAAUCCAAUAAUUAACCUUAAAUAUCAUUCCAUUAACAUCCCAUUAAGGGUUUUAAGGGACUCUACUCUGUUUUUACUAACAAUUUCUUUUCAGUUUAGGUUGCUAGUUUGUUCUAUGGCCCUGAAGUGCUUCUGGGUCAGCUUCACUUUGUUCUUUGGGUUUUGGAUUGUCGCUUUCUGUGAUCAAAAUGGUUUCUUGAGCUUAUCUUGCGGAGGAGCAAAGAGUUUUGUUGAUUCAUACAAGAUUAAAUGGGUCUCGGAUGAUACUUUCAUAACCGCAGGUAAGAAAACUAUCGUUGAGUAUGUUGAAGGUACCUUCUCAUCCAGCAUUCCAAUUCGAUUUUUCCCUGAAUCUCGAGGCCGCAAUUGCUAUAAGAUACCAAUAGAUAAUAUGACAUCCACUGUUCUUGUGAGGGCCCAAUUUGUGUAUAAGAACUAUGACAAACAUCAGAAACCUCCAGCUUUCUCGGUUUCUCUUGGCAGAGCUAUCAUUAGUGUGGUAAACCUAACCGAUAAAGAUCCAUGGAUUGAUGAGUUCAUAUGGCCAGUGAGUAAGGAUACACUCUCAUUUUGCUUGCAAGCAAUCCCAGAUGGGGGAUUUCCUGUUAUUUCAUCAAUUGAAGUUCGACCACUUCCUCGAGGCGCUUACCAAAGUAGACUGGAAGAUUUCCGGAAUAAGUCACUUCGUAAAUGUUAUCGUAUUAAUAGUGGUUACACCAAUGGAUGGCUGAGGUAUCCUAUUGAUCCAUUUGAUCGCAUUUGGGAUGUUGAUCAAAGUUACUCUCCCUUCCAUGCCUCACCUGCAUUCAACAUUGGUGUUAGCUUCAAUUUGUCGAGUCAAAAGGAGAGCCCUCCUUUGGAUGUGUUGCAGACUGCUCGGGUUCUCGCACGAGAGGAUGUGUUUUAUUAUAACUUACCUCUAGAUAAGCUAGGGGACUACUACAUUGUCCUCUACUUUGCUGGCAUCCUUCCAGUUUCUGCUUCUUUUGAUAUACUAAUCAACGGGGAUGUUCUACUAUCAGACUUCACGGUAAGAACCUCAGAAGCCAGUACACUAUAUUUUAAGCAGAAGGGAAUAACAAGUCUGGAUAUUGCACUUAGAAGCAUCAUAUUCUACCCUCAAAUCAAUGCGCUUGAAGUUUACGAAAUUGUUGAUAUUCCACCUGAGACUUCCUCAACCACAGUUUCAGCACUUCAAGUUAUCGAGCAGUCUAACGGUUUUGAUCUCGGGUGGCAAGAUGAUCCAUGCUUCCCAACUCCAUGGGAUCAUAUUCAAUGUGAAGGAAGUACAGUAACAUCAUUGGACCUUUCGGACAUCAACUUGAGGUCGAUUAGUCCAACAUUUGGUGACUUGUUGGAUCUUAGAACACUGGAUUUGCAUAACACAUCACUUUCUGGAGCAAUACAAAAUCUAGGCAGCCUACAGCGUCUUGAGAAACUGAACCUGAGUUACAAUCAACUUACAUCCUUUGGUUCUGAUUUAGACAGCUUGGUUAACCUUCGAGUUCUGGAUUUGCAUAAUAACAGUUUAAAAGGAAUUGUUCCAGACAGCUUGGGAGAGUUAAAGAGCCUCCAUCUACUGAAUCUGGAGAACAACAAACUUCAAGGUACCCUCCCUCUAUCUUUGAAUCGUGAAAGUUUGGAAGUUAGAACAUCGGGAAACUUGUGCCUUUCCUUCUCAACGAUGGUGUGCAAUGAUGUCUUGUCGAAUCCUUCAAUCGAGACACCGCAAGUUACUAUUGUCACCGAUAGGAAACAAAAAUGGCAUAGGCUUUUGGCAAUUACACUUGGUGCAGCUGGGGGAACCUUAUUUACUCUACUCCUAAUUUCUCUUUUGGUAUUAUUAUACAUAAAUAAGAGGAAAGGUGAAGCUACAUAUACUACAAGGGCAUCGAUUGAAAUGCUGAACUGGAAUGCAGCAAGAAUCUUUUCCUACAAAGAAAUAAAAGCAGCUACAAAGAACUUUAAGGAAGUGAUAGGCCGUGGUAGCUUUGGAUCCGUAUACCUCGGAAAGCUAUCAGAUGGUAAACUGGUUGCUGUAAAAGUGUGGUCUGAUAAAACUAUAUUGGGUGCCAAUUCUUUUAUUAACGAGGUUCAUCUCUUGUCACAAAUUCAUCAUCAAAAUCUAGUGAGCUUGGAAGGAUUUUGUCAUGAAUCGAAGCAACAGAUACUAGUCUAUGAGUAUCUACCGGGUGGAUCACUGUCUGAUCACCUCUAUGGUCCAAAGAGUCAAAAGGUUUCUUUAAGCUGGAUUCGGAGACUGAAGAUAGCUAUUGAUGCUGCAAAAGGACUGGACUAUUUGCAUAAUGGGAGUGAUCCGAGAAUCAUACACCGCGAUAUCAAGUGUGGUAACAUCCUUUUGGAUUGUCAGAUGAACGCCAAGGUCUGUGAUUUCGGCCUCUCAAAGCAAGUAACUCAGGAAGAUGCAACUCAUGCGAGUACUGUUGUCAAGGGAACUGCUGGCUAUCUGGAUCCUGAGUACUAUUCCACCCAACAGCUGACUGAGAAAAGUGAUGUCUACAGUUUCGGGGUUGUUCUUUUAGAGCUCAUAUGUGGAAGAGAACCGUUGACUCAUUCUGGAACUCCAGAUUCCUUCAAUUUAGUGCUAUGGGCGAAGCCGUACUUGCAGGCGGGUGCACUCCAGAUAGUGGAUGACAGCUUAAAGGGAACCUUCGAUGUCGAGAGCAUGAGAAAGGCAGCCUUAGUCACUGUAAGGUCCGUGGAAAGAGAUUCAUCACGGAGACCGACAAUUGCGCAAGUGCUGGCUGGGCUGAAAGAAGCCUACAGUCUUCAGCUAUCAUAUCUUGCAUCUUUUGGACUCCCAGGUUAAGAUAGCAAAAUGCAAGAUCAAAAUAUUGUUAAUAUUUAAUAUUCGAAUAUUGAAAACUUUUCGAGCAGUGUAUUUAAAGAUAGAGUUGUUUUUUUUUUUUUUUUUGGGGGGGCGAAGUGAGAUAUAAUUCUUUCGGAAAGAAGGCGUUAUAUGUGAGAA